GUCUUGUCGAGUCGUGUGAAGUUCUGCAAAAGUAAAAGAUGUUGGCAUUCGUCAACAAUUGAUCGGUUUUGCAUGUGUUGCUAGCAUAAUUUAAACUGUUUCUACGAGGAGUCAUCGGGAAAGGCAAAAAAGCCGUGGAGUGGAGAGAUAGCAGUGUCCAGUGAAUUGUGCGUCGCAGUUGGCUUUGCUGGCUGUGUGGAAAAACAAAGGGUGCAUUGCUGUUAAAAUCGCGCAUAGGAAAAGUGUGUGCAUUGUGUGUGUGUGUCUGUGGUUACCCCUUCUGGCAAGGGCUGUCCCUGUGUGAAAAGAUCGGUGCCGUGUUGGGAGUUAGUGUCCAGUUGUUGGUAUACGCUGCCACAAUCUGAUCAUAUCGAUUCUAGCUAUCAACACUUGUUAGAGAGAACGGCUUUGCAGGCGAUAAAGUCUUCAAAAGAAAUUCGGUUGGUUUUUCUUCCUGUGUGCGCGGUGUGCAACGCAGUGAAAACGUCCGUGUUCGAGCAGCAGUAACAAUACAAUGCUGGGUCGUGUGAGACUCAAAGAAAACGGCAUCAUGGACGAGGAACUUCCAACGCUGCUGGAGACGACCAUCCGCUUCUUGGCGAAAAAUCUCGACGUCAUGUGCAACACCGACCCGGUCACGCAUCAGCUGGAACUGAAGGACGACGUUAUCAUACCGAACGAAAUCUGCGAUCGAUUCCUACGCUACCAGCAGGACUGCGGGCAGGACAUCAACGAUCGCUUCAUCCAAAUAUUCCGCGACACGGAGAAGACGCCCCUGCGUAAUGUCAGCCUGCGCAACAGCACCAUCACGAACGAGGGCAUGCGGAUCCUGCUGCGGCACCAGCUGAAUUCGCUGUCCAUGUGGUACUGCAACAAGAUCACGACCGCCUCGUGGAACAUCCUGAUCGAGCACUGCCGGCAGUUGCGCUCGCUCGAGCUCGGCCGGUUCGUGGACAUGCUGAAGCACAGCGAGCCGAACGAGAAGACGCCAAUCAACUUCCAGCUGCAGCUCCCGCGCCUGCAGCGCCUUAAGCUGAACGGUGUCGUCCUGCAGCCGUCGAUCCAGUUCGGGCACCUGACCGAGCUGCAUCACCUCGACCUGACGGCCUGCAUCUUCGCCGACUUCAGCCUGAAGGCUCUGCUGGAGUUGCCGAACCUGCGCACGCUGAUCCUGUUCAACGUGUGGCCCCUGGAGCACGAGUUCCCGACGCUCUGCAAGCUGCAAAAUCUCGAAACGCUCGAUCUGUCCGUGUCGCGCGCGAACGUCGAUGGCAACUAUCUAACUCCUAACAAAUUACUAGCAAAUUUAGUAGAAAACCUUACGAAAUUGCGCCACUUGGACAUCUCCGGCACGAAUCUGGCCGGUGACGGGGUGGCCGAGAAGGCGGGCUCCAGCACCGGAAGCAGCUCAGACAUCCCGGGGCUCGCCAGUCGCGUCGAUCGGCCGCUGGACUUUCUCGGCAUCUACUAUACGUCGCACUCGGCCUGCAAAUGGCACGACAUUCCGGCGCUGCGGAUUGCUGGAGAGGCCACGGAGGAGCAGAUUUUGGUGGCCGCCGUUGCCUACCAGGAUCGGCACGAGCUGCUGACGAAGGUGUUGAACGACCUGUACCAUCUGCUGCGGUUCGAGACGUGCAAGCAGAUCCAUAAGGCGCUGGACGUCGUCCUGUCUGCGAUGGACAAGCAUAUACGUGUCAAGAACAUUCAAAUCAGUGGCAGCGCCACGUUGUUCUACAUUGUGAAAGGGCGAGAAAAGAUGAAGUUCGGCGUGCCGCUGAAGAAUCACAUCAUCCACACGCUGCUCAAUGGCAUGUCGACGCACCUGACGGACGAUACGAUGAUGAGAAACGGUUGCUUAACCCUGUGCCAGUUCAACAUACCGUUAGACGUGAUGUUCGAAUACGAGCGGCUCGUCCAAAUUUUGCUGCACGGUGUGUCGUACCGCGAGCAGGAAGGCUUCGUGCAGCGCAUCGCGAUCUACCUGCUGAACUCGCUCGCCUGCCAGGUGGACGGCAGCCAAAAGCUGUUCCUGGGUGAUCUGGGUGCUAUAUCGACCAUGCUGAACCUGAUAAGCGAUCGUCUGUCGAGGCGCAUGUUCGAUGACGUGAUGGAGGUGGCCUGGUCGACGAUGUGGAACGUGACGGAUGAGACGGCAAAGAACUGCGAGCGAUUCCUCGAUGGUCGCGGGAUGGAGUACUUCAUCGGUUGCCUGAAGCUAUUUCCGGACCGGGACGACCUGCUGCGGAACAUGAUGGGUCUGCUCGGCAACGUGGCGGAGGUGAAGGAGCUUCGGCCUCGGCUUAUGACGCCCGUCUUUAUAACCGAGUUUUCUAACCUGCUAGACUCGUCCAGCGACGGCAUUGAGGUGAGCUACAAUGCAGCCGGUGUUCUGGCGCAUAUCGCCUCGGACGGUGAGGCCGCCUGGACGAUUCCUAGCCCGACCCGGUACAGCGUGCUGGUGCGCAUGGUCGAGGCGAUCGAGCGGUGGGACCUUUCAGCCGAGCGCAACAUAAACUAUCGUAGCUUCGAGCCCAUCCUCGGUCUGAUCCGUUGCUACCACACGCCCCAGUGUCAGCAUUGGGCCGUCUGGGCGUUAGCGAAUUUAACCAAAGUCUACCCGACAAAGUACUGCCGGGUGGUUGAACAGGAACGUGGUGUCGAGUUGCUGCAGGAGCUAAUCGAGCAUCCGGCACCGUACCCGCGGCUCAAGGAGCUGGCCCAGAUCGUGCUGACGCACUGUAGGAACCUUAGUGAACCGAUGGGAGCUAGCGCGGGUGGUAGUGAUGGUGCAGGUGGCGCCACGGACGGUUCGAACACGGAUCCAACCGUCAUGGAGCUGGAUGGUUAGAGAGCGAAGACAAGUUAAAACGACGCUGCAGGAAAAAAAAUAGUAUAGAAAAGCGCAACGCACGCAUCGUAGAGCAUCGCAGUCAAAAAAGCCGCGAACUAAAUCACAUACACACUCACACAGCCAAACGAUUCUUGUAAGUUGACGAUUUUUGAAAUUGUUUGCAAGACAAACUGGAGGUCGCCCCAAUUUUUUCCCUUUUUCUUUAACUGCGUUCCGCUUUGGAUCUUUGAAAGCUGAGCGGCGGCUUGUUAACAACGAUUGAUGUUGAACGUGGUCUGUUUGUGUGAUAUUUAAAGAAGAAAAAGUCAUUGCUCGGCUUGCGACUGAGCCUACGUUUUGUGUUCUUUUGGCACGAGAAAAAAAAAACAAAACUGGACACAGUGGUAUGGUUUUUGCACUUGGAGGAUCUGCCGGUUGGUGGUAUAUUCUCGGUCCGUGGUCGUGGAAAUCGAGAACAAGGAUAAAAACGGGAGGAGGGAGGAGUUGUUGUGCGGUUAUCUCGUUUAAGUUAAUUUGUUUGAUUGUUUGUUACCGAGUGCCCCCCCCCCCUUAAUUGUACAUAACACGUGUGAUGAGUUGGUCGGGAUUGGUGUACCACGUGGCAUCAAAGUCGAAUAUUGUGAGGUUGCGUGUGCGUGUGUGUGUGUCUUUAGGCGUGCAUUGUUAGCGGUAUGUGUGCACACCAAGUGAUAGACAAGCAAAGUGACUAAAAAAGUAGUGAUUGUUCUAGAGAGCCACGCGAAAAACGAAACAAAGCCUUGUUACCCAAUACGGUUUGAUUUCGCGCUUUUGAUCGUCAAAUGACCUUUUCACUGUUCGUCUUUUCCAUGCCCUUGUCGGCGCAUGGAGCGAGUGUGCGUAUCCGCGUUUCUUUGUUUGUUUUACACGCUCGCGAAAGAUAUUACAGGAUCCGUCGAAAGUUAGUGUUAAAGUAGGCUACUGUGGUUUGAUGAUACCAGUGGAUGGUGAUGUACUCUGUGUAAUGUUCAUCUUCUACCGCUUUUGCUGGUCCGCCACCGACCCUUCACUGAUUGCCCCAGGGUAGUUCUAUUGUAAAUGUCCAUUUUCCGAACGAUAAAAACAAAAGGUUUUGCAGGCUUCAGGAUUUACCGUAGCGUUACUACAUUGUAAUAUAUAUUCCCUGUUUGUUUAAAACUAAUUUAAUAACCACAUCGGUUCUCCCUCCUCCCGCUCGCGGGCGCCCCUGGAAAACGAUGGCGUUUGUAAUAUUUGUGUUAAAAAAAUAAAUGCUUCAAUAUUAUACUGACAAAGUAAACCUCACGCGCACUUCACGCACAUCACGAAACAUCAGUGCACACAGCGAUCAUGUGCGAUGCUUGCCGUUUUAAGGCUUCUGUUGUGGUUUCUUAAUUUGUUUUCUUAAUUUCAUUAUCAAUUCUGCUCUGGGGUCGGGCUUUUUAAGGCAACCAAAAUCGGACGCCGCCACAUGUAUCGAGCAGGCGUGUUUCUGCAGUUUGGUAGGGAUAUUAUUGGCAGAAAAAACAAAUGAAAAUUUAAGCCUAAAGUGACGGUAGUUGGGAUAACCGCGCCUUCCCAACGGUAGCACUCGGUGCCAAGGGAAACGCUGAUUAAGACGGCAACUAUCGUAAGCAUAGGAUGCCGCGUGCACGCUAGGUAUCGUUUGUCAAAAAAGGCUAAUAAUAACGAAACACAAAAAAAACACAAAAUGAAGCAUAAUAAAUUGAAAGCAAUUUUCGAAA